GAUCGCAAGCGGACUGUAUUACAUAGAUUAUGGUGCAGUGGUCUGCGUCCUUGGAAAUUAUUGAAAAUCAAAUAAAUGGGAAAUAUAUACUUAACUUCGUCACCAGCCCGGUCACCAGCAUUGUCAAAAUGUAAAGAUGUCAUGCUUGGAUACGCAUAUUUUGUGCCUUCUCAUUCCAGUUCUGUUCAUUUUUUAAUGAUCCACGCCCGCCCCUGCAUGUGUCAUGCUAGACUCGUUUUAUUUAAUCCCGUUGCUGGCUCGGUUUACGUAACAGAAUAAGCAAACAUAAUAGACUGGACAAAGUGUGAAAGACGUAUUGGUCUUUGUACACAUUUAUUGUGUAGUGUAUGCUCUUUCCUCAAUUUGUUGUGUGUUGACAGUACACAAAUCAAAGCAUAUUAAGUAAACGCACACACAUGGGGAUCUACGAUGACACCGGGUGACAGAAAUAACGCAUCUACCAAUAAAUCAUAGUUUCCCAUCUGCACUUCAUGAAUGGAUAAUUUUUGUUUAAUACACACCUCAAGUCAUCGUGACUGGACCGCGUAUUAAUCAUCACAGAGCACGUUUUGUGAGAUAGCGGAUAGCGACCAUCGUUUACAUAGUAACGCUGUAUGAUGGACACCGUGGACAUUAAAUCUGUCGAAGUGCUCGAGGAAUCUACCGGCCUGAAACUCUUUAAAAUUAUUCAUUUGAAUUAAUACAUUCUUAAUACGGGGAUCCUGCCUCCUGAUAUGAAAUGGGUGAUCCGGAGGAAGAGGGUCGGAGCAUUUCCGAAUCGUCGGAUACUGCCGAAAACUCAACGAAACCAGCCGAAGGUGACACGGAAACUACCGAGAAGGACACGAUGAGUGGAGUUUGUAGCGAAUGUGACAAACCUCCUUCUUUCUACAGCAUCUAUGACAGACAGAAAAUACUGUUUUGCUCUUCAGAAUGUCACGGAAAGAGAAAUGAAAAAGAAAGAUCACCAAAUCUAAUGCUUGUUAAGCUGGUGGAGAAGAAGAGUGAUGAUGUGGAAGAUAAAGCUAACGAGGAGAAGGAUACUGAUGAACUAGUAGAUGCAGCGCUUGAUCAGGACAUCUUUGAAUGCUGUCAUGGCGGACUCACGAACAACACAAAUCUGCAUAAGUUAUUAGAAGACGGGGCUGAUGUAAAUCAAAAGGAUCCAAGCGACCAACCAUUGCUCAUCUACGCGGUAGCAAAUGGUGACGUCACGACUAUCAAUCUCUUAUUGGAGAAAGGUGCUGACAUUAAUCAACGCGGUAAAGGACAGACCACUCCCCUUAUGACUGCCGCUGAUAUUGGUGCUAAAGAAAAGGUUUCAUUCUUAUUAAGUAAAGAUGCAGACACAAUACUAAAAGAUGACGAUGGAAAGACAGCGCUCCAUAGAACUGAAAGAAAUCGAAAUACCAAGUGUGCUGAUUUGCUGAUCGAGAAAAAUCCCGAACUCUUACAAGCUCGUGACAACUGUCAACAAACUAUUUUACAUCAAGCGGCUGGGGAGGGUAACAAGGAUCUUGUUGAAUUUUUGUUAGAGAAGGACGCUGAUCUGUGUGCCAUGGAUAAUCUAGAUCGAUCAGCUCUUCAUUGGGCGGUUAUACAAGGCAUGGAAUCAGUAGUGGAGAGUCUACUUGAACGAGAUUGUUCUAAAGUAAUCGACCUACCUGAUCGAUUUGGAGUCCGAUCGAUACAUUAUGCGAUACAGAGCAAUCGAGCAGAUAUCGCUGAAAUGCUUAUCGGGAAGGGAUGUGAGUUAGAGGCUGGCGAAUCGAGAGGUCUGACCGCUCUUAUCUAUGCAGUAGCGUGUGGGAAGAAAGAGAUGCUCAAUAUUAUGAUACCAAGGUGCAAAAAUAUAGAUAUCACUGAUAAAAAGGGUUGGACGGCUCUCCAUCAUGCUGCUAAACGAGGGGACGAUGACGUAUGCAUCCUCCUUCUCGAUCACAAAGCCAAGUCUGAUGUCAAGGAUUCAACCGAACAACAAACACCUCUUAUUAUAGCAGUCAAUAGUAGACAACUCGGUGUAGUUAAAAUUUUCAUAGAGAGGACCCCUUCGUGUAAGGAUAUCACGGACGCCAAGGGAAGAUCUAGUCUACAUUACGCUGCAGAAAAUGGUUAUCUCGACAUUCUCAGUGCUUUAUUAGAUACGACAGCAGAUUCGCAGAAAGAAGGGGAUGCAGAAUCGCAAGAUUUCAUCAACUCAAAGGAUAGCUCUGGUUAUAGCGCCCUCUAUUUGGCUGCAAAGAACAAUCACAGAGAUUGUUGCAAGCACCUCAUUGACAAAGGAGCGAUCAUCGAGGAUUCCUGCCGAGAUCUUCUCUUUGAAUUGGGUUUAAUCGAUCCUCAGGUAGAAGAGGAAGAGGAGAAUGAAGACAGGAGCAGUACGUCAUCCCGCCAGCGGUAUGGGGUCGAUGAAACGUCGGAUGAAACAGAAAAAAUCGAAGACUUAGAUCUAGGCAAGCUUACAGACAAGGAUGCGGUAGCACUCAACUCACGAUACAUAUAUGAAGGGAAGAGCCCGGCUCCGAAGUCCACCUCACCAAGGAGACCAAUGAACGUCAUACCAAGACGAGCCACCGACGUCGAUGAUCAGGAAACAUUCAACGUUCAUUGGAAGAAUAUACUGGAAAAGAAACGCCGGGCCGAGCAAGGAGUUAAAACGAGGCGGAGCAAAGAGAACCUAAAAUCACCCUACGCCCAGCCUUUAGUAAACUCGGAAAUUUUACGAAGAUACGAAGGACUGAGGCGUGCUCAACAGCGGACAUCAUCGGGGGAUUCGACCACCCAAUCAACCGUGACGACAGGCUACAGAUCAAACAGAAUUUACUCAGAUGGAAGUGACGACGGAUCAAAGACUAUUAACACGCCGGUGAAAAUGAGAAGUAAAAGCAGUUACUCGCAGGGUAAAAAAUAUUCCUAUUCCGUAGUGACCAGAUAGCAGACAGGUUUGAUUCUUGAGGUUAUAUUUUGAAUGGGCAGUUUUGAUCAAACGUCGAAUGGAUUUCCACGUUCUUGGAAUUAAUCAGUUAAAGAUUUGUAAGUUCUAAUACGAUACGUUCAUUUAAUAAAAUUUACUCCCAAAGGAUCAGAAGAAAUAUACGUACAAUAAGGAAAAGGGAUACAUUGAAUUCCGCCAUCAUAAUCAUUUUAAUGUGUAAAAUGUGCUUUUAUUUUCCCAAAUUGUUCUUUUACAUGUACGCAAAAAGAGUCUAUAUAGGUGCAUGCUAUAUCAGUCUGCUCUCGGAGUGAGAUCGGAUUUACGUCUUUUAAGAGUUUAUUUUAACUCUCUUUUUGGAAAUGUCUAAGAAAAAGAUUCAUAAUUCACUUCAGAAGAAACUCCAAUUCACUCUAUAGGGAUUUAUAAUUCACUCCAAAGGGAAUGUUCCCUAUAUAUUAUCACUCCGAUAUAGAAGUGUGGUUGGGGAGUACAGUUGCUCCUUUGGAUUUAGUGUACUGCCAAUAUAUUUUGAUUGGAACAUAGGAAGCAAUACAUAUAUCACAAUCACAACGUAUUACUUUCAGUAUUGAAUUAUUCCAAGUCAAUUAUUUUGAACGUAUAAGCUAAUGGUUUCAUAAUAUCGGUUGAAUGAGUAUAUUACACGCAUUAGAGAUUAAUAUCAAUUCACAAUGAAGAAGCGUGAAAUAGAUUAAGGUUAGACAUUUACUAUCAUAUUCAAAGUCAAGCCAAUUUAUCCAUUACAAUGUCCCAGUGCAGAAAUGAGUGCAAUGAACUGUUUGAAUACAUUCCAUAAUUUCUACCAGAGCCAAUCUGCUUUCUAUAAAUCGCUUGAUCAUCGCUCAAAAUGAUAUUUUUAUAAUGUAAUGCAUAUGUGACUUUAAUUCAUUUUGAUUUGUGCAUUCGAUUGUCUAGGGAAGUCAUAUUACUCAUGAAAUAUGGAUAAACAAAAUGCAUUCAGAGAUGUAUUCAUCUUUGAAAGGUUUGAAAGCUAUGCAACGAUGAUAUCAAUUGUAGUCAAUUUCCCAUGCAUGAAAAAAAUAAGUAUUAAUCUAUGUUAGCCAUUUUUAAAUGCAUUAUUUUAUUUUUAUUUUUAAAGGCAUUAAAAUGCUGCUCGCGUCAUUGUUAAUAGGUGCUAAACUCGUCCACUACUUUCCAAUGUUCCAUGGUUACGUCAGCUAAGAGUGGGUGAUCAAUAUCUUAAAAUCGAUGGAUCGUUUAUGAAAUUAGUUGUUCUUAAAAAGAAAAAACAACUUUAAGCGUUUUUUCGGGUAUCAACAGAAUAUCCAUGCAUUACAGAUGGUGUAAAUUUUGGUUGACAGAUAAAGAGGAGACUGUUUAACAAUAAAGGGUGUGGGUUUCAAUAUGAUGGGAGAGAAAGCAAAUCAGAGCCACUCUGGUGAUCGAUUUCUCUUGGUAUAAUGGAUGUUGUUGGUGUUAUCCCCCCAUGUUUCACAUCCAAUUAUAAAGGUACGAGACAGUGAUCCCCCUCCCUUGACGGGUACGAUCUUUUAUCUUUGCAGAGCCUUUUAACUGUAGUUUUACGAAAGAGUACCAAAGAAGCCUUUGAUGCCAUCGUACAAAAUAUGCUGGUUAUGGUUUAAUUUACUAGACGAAAAACCUUAAGAAUAAAAUAAUAGUUAUUUUUAGAGCAAAUUCUGUGAAUUUACAAUACCCGUUCUUAUGACACGGGAGGGAAGUGCUUUGGGAUGCAAACAGUAGAGUUAAAUUUAUCAUGACCGUGAUUUGCGUUUUAUAAUGUACAGUAUUUAUUUGUCAAUCGCACAAUUUUUUAACAUUCGAUAUUUUGUAAAAGUGUGCUAAUGUGUGCCGAAAAUAAUAAUAGUAAGAAGAGUGUUAUUUUUCUAACAUGUAAAUAAUUGUGAAUGGAUAUGUUUAACUUGACGGUAAAGUAUGAAGCAUUAUCUAAUUAUGGAAAAAAUGUUCAUGUUUUUGUUCAUGUGAUGCCCAAUUUUGUUAUCGAUUGACAACAAGUCUGGGGGAAAGUAUGUAGGAAACGGGUUUUAAGAACCUCUAUGAGUCGCAGUAUACUUACGCGUCUAAAUCUAUAAAACAUAUAGAAUAUUGAUUAUUUUUAUCUUUAUGGGCUUUUAAAACUGAAUGCUAACAAAACCGCACUGGGUAUCUGGACCCAAUAACACAAACAUUUGCGAUGAAUUGCAAAUAUGAAAGAACGCUUCUGAUUGGUUCCUGGUUAGUGUUUUGAACAAAAUGCUCAUGAUACACUGAUCAUGAUUGGCCAUGGACAUUUAGAGGUUGAUUGUUAACCUUUAUGCUACAGUUCCCCGACCAUGAAUUAUUGUAUCCCCAAUCCUAGAGAUUUUUUUCUUAUAAAAUUAUUUGAGAUGGAAAGCAAAGAGAGGAAAAAUAUCAAUUCUUUAUUAUAAAAAUAUCACAUUUAUACUCUGUACCUAUUUAUGUUGUGCUAUAGAAACCACGGCGAAGCGUGAUUUGGAGUAAUUGUCUUUUAAAGUAAUAUUUUGGCUGUAUUUUAUAGAGUUGUUUGCUGCAUUUAACAACUCGAUUUGUUUCAUCUCACAUUUGUAGCAUUAAAGCAUUAAAAUGAACAAAAUGA